AUGCGGACUGGUAUUUCCGACAUUGGAGUCAGAUCGGUGGCGCAUCUGGAUCAGAAAUCCAACUUAUUCCGCAAAUCAAGUGAAGCAAUCGCUACCAUUGAGCCCGUAGGAAUUGUCUUCUUGAUGAAUCUAGAAUACACCAGCCUUGAGUCUAUUCCGAAGCUCUGCCAUUAUACUCCGCAAAGUGGGGCCUACUCCGGCGCUUACUCCGAGAGACCAACGCUCGUCUCACAUGACCAGACUGCUCCAAGUUAG